UGCGUGCCAGUCGGUCCCUUUCCUCUUUCAUCGCAAAUGACGAAAAAUAACAGGGCUUGACUGAGGUGUCUCGGCUGGAUCCAGAAUCCGUCAGUCGAUGACGGUGAAGAAGCAACUGUCUACCAAACACAUGUCUCGCCAACCUCCCUUUCUGGAAUCACAGCCACCACCAUUGGCUACCUGCGGCCCAAUGGCCCCCCAUCCAGCACAGACCACAGCUCCAUGUUCGGCAAACGGGGACCCAACAAAUCGGAUCGACCUCAGCGAUCCCUGUGCAGAUCUGACCAUCAAAGAAUGACCGAAGUCGCCGACCUCAUCUGUGCGAUACCUAUGUUGGCAACCCCACCGUCUACUCCAAGCUGCCAAACUUGAUGGCUCACGUCCAGUCACCGCCCGCAAAUCAGCCUAUCACGCCCAAACACCUCGUGUCGAUCCUCCAUCUGCCGCUGUCAAUAUGGCACUUCUCGGGUUGACUCAGCUCAUGCAGGUUGAUGCCGUCCUCCAUUCUCGUCACUGUAUCUUACCUCAACGAAACACGACUUGUGCGGCUACAGGAGACCUGCAUAUCCAAGUCACGAAGUAGAUCCCCAAGAUCGUUGCGUUUGAUGCCUGAACUGGCUGGUGACUGCCUCGCACCACGGAAAACACAGAAAAAGCUCAACAGUGGCUCUUUUAGCGCUUUGCCACCGCUGUGACUCAGCUGGCGUAUAUUAUAGUCGUUUUCCAAAGAGGUACAACACCAACCACACCACUGCGACCCAAAUCCUCCCUACAAAAGACCAUUCUAGAUUGAUAGCUAGGUCGCCGGUUUACCCUCCCUACGCAGCUUCUCACAUCAGCAGAAACGCACUUUGCAAGCUUGAAUCAGUCCGGUGACCAUCAUGGGUGCCACUCCAUUUUCCGUGGAACACACCACGUACAACCCUGACGCCGUCUACCUCUCAUGGGAAGUGGACGGGAAAUUCUUCGGCGAUGGGCGUGAAGUUGCCCUCCUCGAGUACAUCUACGCUCGGCCGGAUCUUGAGAAGCUGAGAGGCAACCCCCAGAAGGUUCUGCAAGCCAUCGACGAUUACGGUCGGUCCGUCAGAGGUCUGAUCAACAUCGGGUCCAUGAAAGGAUCCAUCGUUUGCGACAUUAUCGCUAGACACAGACCUGCCGUGGUACUCGAACUGGGCGGUUACAUUGGAUACUCGGCCAUUAUGUUUGGACAUGCCAUGAGACAGGCUGGUGGAAAGCAGUACUACAGUGUCGAGAAGAGUCCUCUCUUUGCUGCUGUAGCCACAAGCUUGAUUGACCUCGCCGGCCUCAGAGACAAUGUCAGGGUUGUGGUUGGGACGGGGGCGGAAGGAACUCGGCGCUUGUACGAUGAAGGGAAGAUUUCUCGUGUCGAUAUGGCCUUCUUCGACCACUUCAAACCAGCAUACACUGAUGACCUCAAGCUAUGUGAGCGGCUCGGUGUUGUAGGGCCGGGGACCCUGAUUGUGGCGGACAACAUGGUGCUACCGGGGAACCCGCGUUAUCUCGAGUGGGUGCAUGCGAGUGUGGAAAGGAAGCGCGAGAUGGACAAGGGGGCGGUCGAAAAGGGAAACCCAAACCUGCGGUAUCGCAAUCAAUCUAUCUCCAGUUGGGAACCAUCUGGGCAGGAGGACGCGAUGGAGAUCACGGAAUGCUAUGGUAUCGAGGAGUAG